GUGCUCUGCUCUUACUCAACGAAACCUCAAGAGCGUGUUCGAUGAGGCUAUUAGAGCUGUCUUGAGCCCACGGCCCCAAAUACAAAAGAAGAAGGGUGGCAAAUGUACGAUUCUGUAAAGAGAUACCAUUCCGGACAGUUCUGAUACAUUGGGGCGGGAGGACGCAUUAAAUCAUACCAUGUUCCUUUUCGAGAUGAGAUUGAGAUUGAGGCUGGCAUUUCUCUUCAACUGUCUAGAGAUGGAAGCACAAGCUCCUACACGAAGCACAACAUCUGAGCAGGAGAAGAACGCUUGGUGGCUGUCUCUUCGGGGUAUUUUCUCUUCUACUCGAAAAUCUUCCUACUUAUUUGUUCUCUUCUCAGCAGCAGUCGGCAAAGGGGGUUUAAGCGAGGGAGUUGUUGACUGCAGCAUGGGAAAGGAUGACUUCUGCAUUCCCUGUAGAUAAUGCACUGUGGGGAAUGAGUAAUAAUGAUGAACGACCUUCGAUAGUUUGCAUAGCAUGCAUUUCCUUGUUUUAUGGCAUACCCUU